GCGGCACAGCGCGGGAGCGCGCCGGUGGCGGCGGUGACUGUGGCGGAGCGGGGAAUGUCGGCUGCGGCGACAGUGGCGGCUUAGGCACCAGAGACUGGCGGCGGUGGCAGCUCCUGGUGCGGUUCGGCGCGAGGCCAGCUCUAGAGUUCGGAACGGAACGCUCGGCGUCGCGGUCGUGCCCGGAAAGUUUGUUCCGGAGCCGCUACCUUUCGGCCGGCUCGGCCCGGCAUGAAGCGGCGCUGAGGAGCUGUCGCUGCUGUAGUCGCCCCCUGAGGAGGAACCGUAGUACCUUGGGCCACGCCGAUGACUACUGCAAACUGUGGCGCCCACGACGAGCUCGACUUCAAACUCGUCUUUGGCGAGGACGGGGCGCCGGCACCGCCGCCCCCGGGCUCGCGGCCUGCAGAUCUUGAGCCAGAUGAUUGUGCAUCCAUUUACAUCUUUAAUGUAGAUCCACCUCCAUCUACUUUAAACUCACCACUUUGCUUACCCCAUCAUGGAUUACCGUCUCAUCCUUCUGUUUUGUCACCAUCGUUUCAGCUCCAAGGUCACAAAAACUAUGAAGGAACUUGUGAGAUUCCAGAAUCUAAAUACAGCCCAUUAGGUGGUCCCAAACCCUUUGAGUGCCCAAGUAUUCAGAUCACAUCAAUCUCUCCUAACUGUCAUCAAGAAAUAGAUGCUCCUGAAGAUGCCCUACAUAUAAAUGACCCAGAAAAGGAAUAUUUGGAAAGGCCUUCUAGAGAUCAUCUCUAUCUUCCUCUUGAGCCAUCUUACCGGGAGUCUUCCCUUAGUCCUAGUCCUGCCAGCAGCAUCUCUUCUAGGAGCUGGUACUCAGAUGCGUCAUCUUGUGAAUCUCUUUCACAUAUUUAUGAUGAUGUGGAUUCAGAAUUGAAUGAAGCUGCUGCCCGAUUUACUCUUGGAUCCCCUCUGACUUCUCCUGGUGGCUCCCCAGGGGGCUGUCCUGGAGAAGAGUCCUGGCAUCAACAGUAUGGACUGGGACACUCCUUGUCACCCAGGCAAUCUCCUUGCCACUCUCCUAGAUCUAGUGUCACUGAUGAGAAUUGGCUGAGUCCCAGACCAGCUUCAGGACCCUCAUCAAGGCCUACUUCCCCCUGUGGGAAACGGCGGCACUCUAGUGCCGAGGUUUGUUAUGCUGGAUCCCUUUCACCCCAUCACUCACCUGUUCCUUCUCCUGGCCACUCCCCAAGGGGAAGUGUAACAGAAGAUACCUGGCUCAAUGCUUCUGUCCAAAGUGGAUCAGGGCUUGGUCCUGCCCUUCUUCCACCAUUUCAGUACUAUUUAGAGACUGAUAUCCCUCUGAAAACAAGGAAGACUUCUGAAGAUCAAGCUACUGUACUACCAGGAAAAUUAGAGCUCUGUUCAGAUGAUCAAGGGAGUUUAUCACCAUCUCGGGAGACUUCAAUAGAUGAUGGCCUUGGAUCUCAGUAUCCUUUAAAGAAAGACUCAUCUGGUGACCAGUUUCUUUCAGUUCCUUCACACUUUACCUGGAGCAAACCCAAGCCUGGCCACACCCCUAUAUUUCGCACAUCUUCGUUACCUCCGCUAGACUGGCCUUUACCUACUCAUUUUGGACAAUGUGAACUGAAAAUAGAAGUGCAACCUAAAACUCAUCAUCGAGCCCAUUAUGAAACUGAAGGUAGCCGAGGAGCAGUAAAAGCAUCUACUGGUGGACACCCUGUUGUGAAGCUGCUGGGAUACAGUGAAAAGCCGAUAAAUCUACAGAUGUUUAUUGGAACAGCAGAUGAUCGAUAUUUACGACCUCAUGCAUUUUACCAGGUGCAUCGAAUUACUGGGAAGACAGUUGCUACUGCAAGCCAAGAGAUAAUAAUUGCUAGUACAAAGGUUCUGGAAAUUCCACUUCUUCCUGAAAACAAUAUGUCAGCCAGUAUUGACUGUGCCGGUAUUUUGAAACUCCGCAAUUCAGAUAUAGAACUUCGAAAAGGAGAAACUGAUAUUGGCAGAAAGAAUACUAGAGUACGACUUGUGUUUCGCGUACACAUCCCACAACCCAAUGGAAAAGUCCUUUCUCUGCAGACUGCUUCUAUACCUGUUGAGUGCUCCCAGCGGUCUGCUCAAGAACUUCCUCAUAUUGAGAAGUACAGCAUCAACAGUUGUUCUGUAAAUGGUGGCCAUGAAAUGAUUGUGACUGGAUCUAAUUUUCUUCCAGAAUCGAAAAUCAUUUUUCUUGAAAAAGGACAAGAUGGACGACCUCAGUGGGAGGUAGAAGGGAAAAUAAUCAGGGAAAAAUGUCAAGGGGCUCACAUUGUCCUUGAAGUUCCUCCAUAUCAUAACCCAGCAGUUACAGCUGCAGUGCAGGUGCACUUUUAUCUUUGCAAUGGCAAGAGGAAAAAAAGCCAGUCUCAACGUUUUACUUACACACCAGUUUUGAUGAAGCAAGAACACAGAGAGGAAAUUGACUUGGCUUCAGUUCCAUCAUUGCCUGUGCCUCAUCCUGCCCAGACCCAGAGGCCUUCCUCAGAUACAGGACACGGAUGUGACAGUGUACUGUCAGCACAGCGAAGCUUGGUUUGUCCCAUCCAGCAAACAUAUGCAUCCAUGGUAACAUCAUCUCAUCUGCCACAGUUGCAGUGCAGGGAUGAGAGUGCUGGUAAAGAGCAGCACAUGAUACCUUCUUCAGUCAUGCACCAGCCUUUUCAAGUCACACCACCACCUCCUGUGGGGUCUUCCUAUGAGCCUAUGCAAACUAAUGUUGUGUACAAUGGACCAACUUGUCUUCCUAUUAAUGCUGCCUCUAGUCAGGAAUUUGUUCCAGUUUUGUUUCAGCAAGAUGCAGUUCUUCCUAGUUUAAUAAAUCUUGGCUGCCAACCACCAUCAUCCAUACCCUUUCAUUCUUCAAACUCAGCCUCACCAGGACAUAUCUUAACCCAUAUACCUCAUUCUGUGCAUACCCUGCCUCAUCUGCAGUCGAUGGAAUACCAUUGUUCAAACACAGGACAAAGAUCUCUUUCUUCUCCAGUGGCUGACCAGGCCACAGGUCAGCCUUCCCCUCAGUUACAGUCCAUUACAUAUGGUUCUUCACAAUUAGGGUCUGCUACAACAGUUUCCCCAGCAGCUUCUCAUACCCUGGCCAGUUCACCACUUUCUGGACCCCCGUCUCCUCAGCUGCAGCCUAUGCCUUACCAAUCUCCUAGCUCAGGAACUGCCUCAUCACCAACUCUAGCCACCAGAGUGCAUUCUGGACAGCAUUCAGCUCAAGCACAAAGUACAGGUCAGGGAGGUCUUUCUGCACCUUCAUCCUUAAUAUGUCAGAAUUUGUGUGAUCCAGCUUCAUUUUCAUCUGACAAAGCAACUGUGAACAUUAAACCUGAACCUGAAGAGCAGGAACCUAACUUUUCAACAAUUGGUCUACAGGACAUCACUUUAGAUGAUGUGAACGAGAUCAUUGGAAGAGACAUGUCCCAGGUUUCUGUUUCCCAAGGAACAGGGGUGAGCAGGCAGGCUCCCCUCCCUGGUCCCGAUUCCCUGGAUUUAGGAAGAUCUGACGGGCUCUGACAGCGCUUGCUGCAACCUUGCAUCCACCACCACCAUAUACUUCUCAGCAUGUUUCUCUCCUUGGAGCUUGGGUUCCAACUCUGUGGCCUUAGGGACUGGCACCAGGAACCAGAGGCCACAGUUCGUGGGGAAAGCAGCAUUCCUCCACCUCAGGCCUUGGGUCGAUUUUGUAAAAGAACAGGAGCAGCAUAGGUUGUUUGAGCUUUGGGGAACUGGGCUUUGCUUUUUAUUUUUGAAUAGGAUACUUUUAUAUGAUGGGUGCUUUGAGUGUGAAUGCAGCAGGCUCUUUGUUUCAGAGGUGCUGCUUUUUCAGGUGACUUGGUUGCUUAGCUAGGACUGGUGAUUUGUACUGCUCUAUGGUCAUUUGAAGGACCCUUUAGCUUUAAUGACAUUUUUAAAAUAGAAACUUUUGAUAAAACCUUCUAGAGGCAAACAUAAAAGACAGAAAUUCUCCCAAGCCCACACCUAUGCCUCAGAAACUCAGCAUGUGUCCUGAAGCCUUUCAUAGAUCCAUGGGAAAUAAAGCCAAAUGUAGCUCAUACCUCUUUAUAAAAGUAAACUUAGAUAAAAUGAGAAGAGACCAUUCCAAUCAUUGAAGUAUUGGAAUAUAAAAUGACAUUCCAGAGCAUAGCCUUUUUGUAACUUUCUAGGUAAUUUUCCUGCAGUCUCUCCAUUCUGCCUCCAUGCUGAAAUUGCUUUUUUCCCCUCAGGGCCUUAGGUAAGAUAGCUACUUAUAAGGUGACUUUAAAAGGUGAGGUUUUAGUUUGGUAGCUUUAAUUUCCUGUCAUUCUACAAACAAGUGCUCUUCCCCUUUGUGCCCUUUUCCAAGUGGAAGCAUCAGCGUUUGGCUACUCUGUAACCUUUGAAGCCAGUCUCGGGAUGGUUUAAGCAACUUUACUGGCUCUAACUCAUCUCUAGGGGCCAGGCUGUGUUCAGGAGCUAAGCACAAAUGAGCUAUGCUUCAGAACAGGAGCAGAGAAAAUGCAGGACCCUAGAUGGCAGGUUUUUAAGAUUCACACUGGCAUAGAAGGCUUAUCCCUCAUUCUGUUUACAGUCUCAGAUGCUUCUGGCCUACCUUGUUCCAUCUGCACGGCCUGAAAACCAGCCUUUUGCCAAAAAGGCUUUGAGGCAAAUCCAAAAAUGAGGUAGCAUCAGACUUGAUCCUCCAGACCAAAGAUGCCAUGGUGCUGCUGCAGGAGAGGCUGGCGCUCAAGGCAGGGGCCAGCAACAAACUCCAGCCUGCUGUCUACCAAAGGAGGUGCCCAACUCGGGUGCUUUUUUCAAGCUCCACCCUUCCCCUUCCCAUUAGUGGGAUAAGUUAUCUGGUCCAAAGCCUGGGCCUAUUUCAAAGUUCCUGAAGUUUGCAGUAUGUUUUCAGAUGAAAUUAUAUACUUUCAUUUAUUCAGAAAGCACAUUUUUUUGAGUGCCUACAUAUGAGACACUGUGCUGGGCUGGUCAAAGGUUUGAUGCUGUUAAUUCCAGGGGAUUGUGGGUCUUAGAUGCCAGGAUUCUCUACUAAAGCCAAGUGAGUCCCGGGCAGAGGGAGCGAGCUCGUUGCCCACCACCUGUAGCCAGGUAGGAGCUGUUGACCCAAGAUGAGUAAGUAUGGGGUUUUUUGUUUGUAUUGUUUUGUUUUUUCCUUUAAACCAUGAUGUUUUAAAUUUUUCCCUUAAAACUAGUUAGGAAAAUCACUGUUACUCUGGUCCCUCUCAGACCAAGUGUUUUCAUAUUUUCUUUGAAAGUGAGUUUUGUGUCAGUGUCGAUAGAUUUUUCAGAGCUGUGGUUGGAAGCCCACAGCUUCCUUUGGAAGUUGUGGGGGACUGGCCCCCAAGAUUAAGUUCCAAGGAGCUGGCCAGACUUGCCUCCACCGUCUUGCCCCUGGUGUAGCUGCCUCACAUGGGUUUCUUGCAAAAGUUCCCCUUGCAAGAUCCAUUGGGGGUUGCUCUGCUCUGUCCUCAAAAAAUAAAAGCCUCUAUGAUCCUGAGUUGCUAUGCACCAAAUUUUGAUGCCUUUUAAAUACCUUGAUGCCUGUAGCACUAGAAAUGCUUUCCUAUUUAAAAUAAAAGUUAAAUUUUAAAAUAGA